CAGGGGGGGCGGGGUUGGAUAUAUACCUCCAAGAGGAGGCCACAAGCUUCACUGGACCCACUUGCAGCGCAAAGACCACAAGCAAGAAGACUCCGAAGCCGGGAGUAGAAGUACCAACAUUUAUUUUGGAGCUCAGAGAGAAAAGACAAGCAAGACCACAACGUUUGGUUUUACGGACUGUCUGCUGGAGCUCCGAUACAACCAAUUUGUCACUCCGCUAUACACCAGUAUCUCUGGAUAUAGCAGCUAAACAAAGUUGGUAGUAAACUCUUUGGAGUUUGGUUAGAGUCAUUUUUUUUCUUUGCUUGUGAGUGGACUGCACUGAAACUUGGGACGGCCCGUCUAGGGUCAGGCUUGGACCUGCCGCAUCCUUUCAGCGGCUUCAAACACUGCGAAAGUUUGGGCCAGAUCUGAAGACUUCGAGUCGAGUCAGACUUUUGAGUACACACUCAGCAGCUGCUACCCGAGCCCAGCUCUAACACACUGGAGCGACCGGAUAGAGAGCCACUGACAAGCCUACCAAGAAACGAUUUCAAGAUAACAUCAAAAGAUCUGAAACAAGUGCAGUAACUUGCAACAAAGAAAAAACCUGGUCGAACCAGCAAUCACAGAAACAAGAACAACAACAUCCAUCUAAGCCGACCCAAUGGCGUGGUCAGCACUUACCGGCCCCUGUGUGGCCCUGGUACUGCUCUUCUUUGGUUUGACCUCCUGCACUCCCUCCGGCCCAGCCUCCGCCACCUGUGCCACCCUGGAACAGAGUCGCUUCUUUGGUGUAUUCUCCUCUACGACCACCCUGCACUCCACACCAUGCUCCUGGACCCUGCAGAACCCUGAUCCUCGCCGCUACAACGUCUACAUGAAAAUCACCAAGCCAACCGACUCCUGCGUGCCCCGCCAGAUCAAGACCUUCCAGUUUGACUCCUUCAUCGAGACCUCCCGCACCUAUCUGGGCAUGGAGAGCUUUGACGAGGUUGUCAGGCUGUGCGACGCAUCAACCACUGUUACCUACCUGGAGUCCAGCAAGCAGUUCCUACAGAUCCGCAAGGUGGCCGCGAGAAACGGCGUGGAGAUGUUGGAGGGACAGAAUGAUGUCAGUGAGUUCAAGGCUGAGUUUCUGGUCGUGGGGAAGAGGAACCCAAGUAUGCCUGCCUGCCAGAUGCUGUGCCAGUGGCUGGAGAAGUGUCUGUCCAGUAGCACCCAUGAUUAUCCCUGUGGCAUCAUGAACACACCCUGCCAGUGCUGGGAGGCCCCAAAGAGGAAGCCAGGAAGCUGCUACAGAGGCGGUGUCUACGUUGAGAAAUGCCUUCCUGUUCCCAGAGACAACGGACACGAUGCUGAGAUUAUCAAGGGCUGGGCUGGUUGGGGCCGCUGGUCAGUAUGCAGCCAGGAAUGCGGUGGUGGAGUCCAGGUGCGCAGCCGUGCCUGCCAGCCCGAGGACAGCGUGUGCGAGGGAACAGUUGAAGAAGGACGGGCCUGCAACCCUCAGCCCUGCAUUGGCAAAGAACGCAACAGGAGCCAGGGUCUGCGAGCCAUCGUUGGUUUGAAGAGAGACUAUGCUGAUGAUUCUAACCUUGGAGUUGUUGCAACCCAAACAGUAGAUGCUAAGACAGAUGAAUGGUCCCCCUGGAGCACAUGUUCAAUCACCUGUGGAGAGGGCUGGCAGAGCCGCACUCGCGUCUGUGCUACUUCCUCCUUCACUACCCAGUGCACCGGACCCCUGCGUGAGAACCGGCCCUGCAACAACACAGCCGUCUGCCCCGUGGAUGGUGCUUGGGAUGAGUGGACCCCCUGGAGCCUGUGCUCUUCCACUUGCGGUCGUGGUUAUCGUGACCGUACCCGCACAUGCAAGCUGCCCCAGAAUGGAGGAGAGCCUUGCCGCGGCCCUUCAAGACAAACCAAGUUCUGCAACAUCGCUGUCUGCCCAGUGGACGGACACUGGAAUGAGUGGUCUGCCUGGAGCACAUGCACUGCUUCUUGCUCUAACGGCACCAUGCAGAGAAUAAGGGAGUGCAACGGGCCAUCCUACGGGGGCUCCGAGUGCCACGGCAGCUGGAAAGAGUCAGUCAACUGCUUCCUGAAAGAAUGUCCUGUUGAUGGACGCUGGCAUGCGUGGAGCUUUUGGGGCAGCUGCAGCAAGACUUGCGGUGGAGGCAUCCAGCAGAGACAGAGAGUCUGUGAAGGGCCUUUCUUUGGUGGAGAAUCUUGCCCCGGUGAAAAGGGCGAGCAGAAGCGUUGCAAUGAGAAGAGAUGCCCUGAGCCCCAUGAGAUCUGCCCUGAGCAGAACACCGGAGAUGUUGUGUGGAAGAAAACUCCCGCUGGAGACAUGGCUGCUGUUGCCUGCCCUGCUGAUUCCUCAGGUCUGCUUCUGCGCCGGUGCACCCUGGAUGCUGUAGGUCUUGCCUCCUGGGAGAGCCCAACUCACAUUAAGUGUGUCUCCAAGAACUAUGAGAAUAUUCAGAUGCUGUCGAGGGACUACAACUCCAAAGCGCAGAUGGGGCAGAGCGUGGACGGGGUCGCUGAGGUGAUUUCACGCUUGAGAUUCUCCUCUGAUAAGGGGGCCCAGUACAGCGGUGACCUCUUGGCCAUCAUGGAAAUCCUGAAGAACACCACUGAACUGUACAAGGGAACCAGACUGAGGUUGAGCAACGCUGAUGUUGAGAACUACGUCCAGACAAUCAGCAACUUACUGAAGGAGGAGCAUCGUGACAAAUGGGAAGAGGCACAGCUGAUGGGUGCCAGCAUUAAGGAGUUCCUCCACCUUGUUGAGGACUUUGUGAACAUGAUCGGUAUGCAAAUGAGUGGCUUUCAGGACAUUUAUGAAGUCACGGAGAAUUUAGUGCUGAGCAUCCACAAGCGCCCGACAACUACAAACUCCAACUUCACCUUCCCUGUGAAGGGGUGGAGGGGCAUGCUGGACUGGGUCAGGACCUCUGAGGAGAAGAUCACAGUAUCCCGUGAUGCUCUGUCCAUUGAACAGUCUGAUGGCAACGAUGCUUUUGUGACCGGCAUUGUCCUCUACAGAAACCUUGCCUCUAUUCUGUCCUUCCAGAGUAACACCACCCUCCUCAACUCCAAGGUGGUGACAGUGAUUGUCAAGCCAACCCCGGCUCUCCUGUCCUCCCCCGUUGAGAUUGAGUUCCCCCACCUCCACAAUGGCACCAUGAAUGAGACAUGCCUCUCAUGGGACGAAAGCGAAACUUCCUCUCUGCUUGGGUCUUGGUCUGCUCGGAGCUGCAGAGCGGUCCCUGUUCAUUCAUUCAGAACCAAAUGCGUGUGUGACAGCCUCUCCACCUUCGCCAUUUUAGCGCGCGUCAACUUCGACUCGAUCAUGGACAAGGCACUGCUCCCGUCCGUGACUCUCAUUGUUGGCUGUGGGGUCUCCUCUCUCACCCUGCUGCUCCUCAUCAUCAUCUACGUCUCUGUGUGGAAGUACAUCCGCUCCGAGCGCUCCGUUAUCCUGAUCAACUUCUGCCUCUCCAUUAUAUGCUCCAAUGCCCUCAUUCUCAUCGGACAAACUCAGGCUCGCAACAAGGUGGUGUGUGCUCUCGUAGCUGCUCUCCUGCACUUCUUUUUCCUCUCUUCUUUUUGCUGGGUGCUGACAGAAGCUUGGCAGUCCUACAUGGCUGUCACUGGUCGUCUGCGCAACCGCAUUAUCCGCAAGCGCUUCUUGUGCUUAGGCUGGGGCCUUCCUGCACUGGUGGUCGCUGUGUCUGUGGGUUUCACAAAAGCUAAAGGAUACGGAACUGUCAAUUACUGCUGGCUGUCUCUUGAGGGUGGACUCCUCUACUCCUUUGUUGGCCCUGCUGCGGCUGUUGUUUUGGUGAAUAUGGUCAUUGGUAUUCUGGUCUUCAACAAGCUGGUAUCCAAGGACGGAAUCACCGAUGUGAAGCUGAAGGAGAGAGCCGGAGCAUCACUGUGGAGCUCCUGCGUGGUUCUGCCCCUCUUGGCUCUCACUUGGAUGUCUGCCGUCCUGGCUAUCACUGACCGCCGCUCCGCCCUCUUCCAGAUCCUCUUUGCUGUCUUUGACUCUCUGGAGGGUUUCAUUAUUGUCAUGGUUCACUGCAUCCUGCGUAGAGAGGUUCAAGAAGCUGUAAAGUGCAGAGUAGUCGACCACAAGGACGACGGCAAUGGAGACUCUGGCAGUUCCCAUCACAAUGGCCACACCCAGCAUAUGCAGUCUGAUAGCGAAAAGGAUGGAGAUUCAAGCAGACAAGGUAUGAAGAGCUCCUCUGAGGAGAAGAUGCCUCCUCCUCAGCUGCCUCUUCCCAUGGGCUCCAACUUCCACACCCUGCCAUCCAACCCCAGUAAGAGCCACAUGCAUGCAGUUCCCGAAUAUUCCAGCCACACCCUCACCCUGAAAAGAGAGAAGAGCCGUCUGGUGGGAGGAGUCGACCCAACCUGCGGGAAACCAGUGUAUGUCUGCGAGGGGGAACUCUUCAAGCAGCUGGAUGCCGAUCUUGCUCGGGCUCAGGCUGAGGGCAGCAUUUCCGACGGCAGCAGUUACGUCCUCCUGCCCAACACUACCUCCACCCUGAGGUCUAAGCCUAAGGAUGACCCCACAAAAUACAACAUCAGCGUGGAGCAGUUGCCACAGGCCAGACUCAUGCACCUCAGCGGGCCCUUUGCUGAGCCCCAGGCUGCCUUCGGGAUCAAGUCGAUCCCAUUGGACCAGGUCAGCGUGUCGUACUCAGAGAGAGACUCGCCCAUCCAGAACAUCCACAACAUAUCCAGUGAGUCUCACAUCACCCACAGCAGCCUGGAGAACACCUUUGAGUCCAUGAACUCCAUGAUGUCCAAGAGUGAGACCAUCUCCACACUGUCCAUGAGCUCCUUGGAGAGACAGAAAUCCCGUUAUGCCGAGUUGGACUUUGAGAAAAUAAUGCACACAAAGAAACGCCACCAGAACAUGUUCCAGGACCUAAACAGGAAGCUACAUCAUGCUGAGAAAGACAGGGAGUCGCCUGCUUCUGACAGCAAGUCUGUGAGAUGGAGUGUGUCUUCAGGAGGAAGUGACAAAACGAACCACAGUGACAAACAGCAAGGACCUCUGGAGAGGCCAUGGGAGGGAGUCCGGGGAAUACAGCAGUCACCCCCUGCAUGGGUGCGUAAAGAUCUGGAGCCCCUAGCUGCCUCGCCUCUGGAGCUGCACUCUGUGGAGUGGGAGAAGGCCGGCACCACCAUCCCUCUUGUGGGGCAGGACAUCAUCGACCUGCAGACAGAGGUCUGAGGGGGAGGAGGGGGGGGGGCCUGAGAAGCCACCUGAUUUCACCUUGUUCACCUUUUUGGUUUGGGAAUGGGAUCCUGUAUGGAUAGAAUAGAGGAAACCAAGUAUGGGAGAAAGCGAGAAUGUAAGUCCCAGAAUCAAUGUCUUCAAACCCUCAACCAGAGCAGGAAGGAAGAGAGUGAUGUGAGAAGUGGAUGUGGUGGUGGUGAUGGGAUGUUUAAUGUAGCUUCCCCGUUAGGACUUAAAGCAUCUCGUGACAGAGGGCUCUGAAGGUCCAAAGGGUUAAUGGAGCGAUCAGUGGUUACCAUGGACCAGGACUGGCUAUGGUUCCAUUAACACAUCACUGGGAGUUUCCUGAACUCUUCAGCCUGGGUUCAGAAGAUGUGGUCGACAUGUCUGUGCUUCUUUUUUCCUUCAACUCAACUUUGGAGAAAAAUUAGAUAACACAACGUGGUGUGUCCUCCCUGCUUCUCGGACAAAAUAGGACAGGGCACGAGAGCAUAAGAGACCAUAAAAGGCUUGGAGUCCAACACUCUGCACUUUGGUAGAUGGGCACACACAUUUUGUUUUAGUGCCGUGGGUUAAUUCAUUUUCUCUAUUUGUGUGUUUGUUUGUACUGCUUCACACAGCCUAAAAUGAUACUCUUCCAUGAGACUUUCUGUACUGAGAAUAUUACGUCUCUACUGGAGAGCGGGCUUUAUCAUACUGAUAGAGCUUCUCGCUGCUGUUGUCACGAUGCUAUUGCUUAUUAUUAUUCCAAUGAUUAUUGUCAGUGUUAUGAUUAUCAUUAUUAUUGUCAUUAUUGGGUUUGUAGCCUAUAUUUAGAUUUUUCAUCCCCCUCAUGACUGUCAUGCACAAGUUUUAUUGUUUUUGUGCCGUGACCUACAACAUUAGGCUCCAAAAAAAAAAAAAAGAUUCAAUGCAUCUUUAAUGUGUAGUGAGCCCAUAUGGACUGCAUCGGGACAAACAUACUGAGUGGUGAUAGAGGUGGUUAGUUACCCAAAAUGUCCUGGUUUUCCAGCAUUCUGCUUCAAUACCAAAACACCAGCACCAGGAUGAACACAGACUCUCACACAGGAAGAGCAGUGCACUCUGGAGAAAUGCUGGGUGGAAAUGUGAGGAGUUGGGGGGAUGCAGCUCUUCCAUGUCGUACAUGUGGAUUCAAGGGGUCAGCGAGACCUUUCAUCAUCGCCCUUUGGUUUCUCAGCCUUGCAGGACUCUUGGACCAAGCAGAGGUUCCUGGCGCUGAUAUGACUUCUAGUGCAGCGCCAGGUCCUUGAGACUUCAACACAUUUGUGUUUUCAGCCAUCAGUGUGAAAUAGUGCAAUAUGAUGGGCGCUUGAUGCUCAAGCAAGACUGAUAUUAUGAUUUAGGCAGAAUCUUUUCUUACCGAUGUUUCAACACUUUUAUACCAUCUUCCGCUUAUUUAUAGAGCAUAUAGAUGCUUUAUGAGAAAAUUGUAUAACAAAUCUGUAUUAGUAAUUCAAAGAAUUUAUUCACUAGAUUUGUUAGCGCAAGACUCCAUAUUUGGAGCUCUCUGUGACAGGUAGAUAAUUGUACUUCUAUAAAUCCAACAUUAUAUAGAAUGAAUGAUAGCCUAUAGAUAUCUCUAAACUGUGCUUCAGGAUAUCGUUAUUACUCUCUGCUCUUAAGCGGUGGGUAAUUGAACCUCAUGUCUUCUCUGUGUGUUUUUGAUAACCUUGUCAGUAACUCAAUAGUAUGUACUACCAGCCAAAUUCUCUGUCCCUUCAAAUUCCUAUGUCCUUCCCUCAGCCCAAAUCAUACCUCGAGUUACUUGUAUUGAAUACCCAUUUGUAUUUCCUUUUCACAACUUUGUUUAUGUUCUGUUUUACCUCCUGUAAAUGUACAGUUUUCAGAGCACAACAUGAAUGUGACUUAUUUCUAAUAAAUACACAAAUAUAUUA